GGCCGCGCUCGGUCCCUUUAAAAGGCGGCGGCGGCGGCGGCCGUGGCCAUUGUCUCCCGCCGGGUUUUUGCCCCCAUUCGCCGCCGGCCCGGCGCUCGCAGCCGCCCGGGAGAGGAGCACAAGAUGGCCGAGCUGGGCAGCAAGGGGGUGACGGCCGGCAAGAUCGCCAGCAACGUGCAGAAGAAGCUGACGCGGGCGCAGGAGAAGGUCCUUCAGAAGCUUGGGAAAGCAGAUGAAACAAAAGAUGAGCAGUUUGAGCAGUGUGUGCAGAACUUCAACAAACAGCUGUCGGAAGGCACGAGGCUGCAGAAGGAUCUCCGAACUUACUUGGCUUCCGUAAAAGCUAUGCAUGAGGCCUCCAAGAAGCUGACGGAGUGUUUGCAGGAAGUUUAUGAGCCGGAUUGGCCUGGGAGAGAUGACACAAAUAAAAUAGCAGAGAACAAUGACCUCCUCUGGACGGAUUUCCAUCAGAAGCUGGUGGAUCAGGCGCUUCUGACCAUGGAUACUUACCUUGGCCAAUUCCCAGAUAUUAAAUCUCGUAUAGCGAAGCGAGGAAGGAAGCUUGUGGAUUACGACAGCGCCAGACACCACUUUGAAGCCCUGCAAACUGCAAAGAAGAAGGACGAAACUAAAAUCGCAAAGCCUGUUUCGCUGCUUGAGAAAGCUGCGCCUCAGUGGUGUCAAGGGAAGCUCCAAGCUCACCUCGUUGCGCAAACUAAUCUGCUCCGAAAUCAGGCUGAAGAAGAGUUAGUAAAGGCUCAGAAGGUGUUUGAAGAGAUGAACGUUGAUCUGCAGGAGGAGCUGCCUUCACUGUGGAAUAGUCGUGUUGGUUUCUACGUCAACACAUUCCAGAGUAUAGCAGGCCUAGAAGAAAACUUCCAUAAAGAAAUGAGCAAGUUGAAUCAAAACCUCCAUGAUGUCCUGCUGGGUCUAGACAAGCAGUAUUCAGGCAAUGCCUUUCCCAUUAAAGCACAGCCCAGAAAGAAAACUAAACUGUUCGCCAGGCUGAGGAAAAAGAUGAGCAGUGACAGCACCCCAGCGAAAGCAAAUAAAAGCCCCUCGCCUCCACCAGAUGGAUCUCCCAUCACCAGCCCUGAGACCAAGACUGUCAACCAUGAGCUGGAACCGUCCACUUUGGAAGCACCUGGGGCAAGCAUCCCAAAGUCACCAUCUCAGUUGAGGAAAGGGCCUCCGGUGCCUCCGCCUCCAAAAGUCACCCCCUCCAAGGAGAUCAAGCAAGAGAACAUCAUCAGUCUGUUUGAUGACAAUUUUGUCCCUGAGAUAAGUGUGACAACCCCCUCGCAGUUUGAUGCCCCUGGGCCCUUCCAGGAGGGAGCCAGCCUGUUGGAUCUGGAUUUUGAUCCCAUUAAACCAGAUGCCACUGUGGGGAAGACCCCCACACCUGCCUCCCAGUCUUUACCUUGGGAUUUAUGGGAGCCCGCAGAAGCAGCCCAUGCAGGAGCUGAAGCAGCUGGAUCUGAAGCCACAGCUGGAGCUGAAGCAUCUAAAACUGAAGCUGAUUCAGGAUCGAGCUCUCUGCCUGCUGUUGUUGUGGAAACUUUCCCUGCUACUGUCAAUGGCACCGUGGAAGGAGGUGCUUCCUCUGAAAGAGCUGACAUGCCCCCAGGAUUUCUGUUCAAGGUCCAGGCCAUGCAUGAUUACACAGCCACCGACAGUGAUGAGCUGCAGCUGAAGGCUGGAGACGUGGUGCUUGUGAUUCCAUUUGAGAACCCUGAGGAGCAGGACGAAGGAUGGCUGAUGGGUGUGAAGGAGUCUGACUGGAUCCAGCAUAAGGAACUUGACCAAUGCCGAGGGGUUUUCCCUGAGAAUUUCACAGAGCGGGUGCAGUGAAAGCCCAAGCCCACCGGACACAUUUCUGCUGGAAGAAAAAGCAAAUUUUCUGGUAGAGAAUUGAAAAAGAGCAGCGAAAUGAAAAGAAGAGAAUUUUAACGGAACAGAAGCCUGAAAAAAUUGUCAACUUAAAGAGUGUGUGCUUUUCAAAGGGCAAGGUUUCAGAAGUAAAUUGCAAUUCAAAGCAUUAUCAAUAUAUACGAAUACUACUACUACUAAGGCAAAUCAAUUACCUUCUUCCCCCUUUGGUUUAACAGCAUUAGGAUUCAGAGGACUGACACAGAAGCAACUCGGUGUGGUUCUGUAAAUACUGCAUUGACUGAAUUGGUGAGAUGUCAGUCUGAUCCCUGGAAAGGCAGCAUUUGUCUAACAAGAGAGUAGAAGCUGCAUUUGCUCUUGGGUGGGUUCAUCUGUUUUGUCUUGAAGGUGGCUUGCAUGGCAACCAUAAAAAUUCAGCCUUCCCCAUGUGUUCAACCUACAGUAGGCCAAACUUUCUGUUAAUGCUGUUGAAAAAAAAUAUUUAGUGUAUAGUGUUCACCAAUACAAUGUAUGUGUGUGUGCGUGUGCAUUUUAUUUUAUUCCUUUAAAACAAUGUUACGCAAACUGAUUUUAUACAAGUAAAGACAGAAGAAACUACACAGUAAGGGCAUGGAGGUGAAAUGUGUGAAGCUGUACUCAGUCCAAAGUUCUUUCAAAUGCAAGCACCUAUGUUCUCACAGUAGUGUAUUGGCCUGGAAAAUGCUAAGGAGAAUGAACAAAUUAAAUAAACAAGACAAAAUUAGCCGACGCCAUUUUAGAUGGCUCGGAAAUUUAGGAGAGGGAAUCCCCUGCCUCCCAAACCCUGUAGGCAGUUUCAGAAAAGCUUAGAUUCACGUAGAUGGAAGAUAGCUCUCAAAUCUGGCUGGUUAGAAAAUGUGCUUUUAAGGAAAGACAAGGGAAAAAAACUUUUCUUCUGACAGAAUGUCUAAGAAAAAACACUGAGAAAAAAACAAUUUGCUGUCUGUGUUUUUAAUUGGCUUUUUUUUUUUUUUUUGUGGAAUAGUAUUUGUUAUUUUCCUUUGAAGACUUCUGUAAGUGAGAUAUUGUUAGAUCAGCUUUCUCCAGUGCUGUGCUGGUGAUCAAGUUAACCUCUAAGAAAACUGGACUCUAAAAGUACUCAUUUAAAAUGGCUGCAUGACUUCUCGAUGUUUUAAUACAUUAGAAGAGGAAGGAAGAAUAUCAGAGUGUCAGUGUCAAGAAUACACUGCGCAGUCUAAUACUGAUGCUGAGACCUUUCCUAGACCUUUCCUUUGCUCCUGUUUUUUUUUUUUGGUUUGUUUUGUUGUUGUGUUUUUUUAAAGUUUAAACAAGCAGAUGACAAAGCUGUUUCAAAGUGCGUAUUACAGUUGUUAAAAUAAGCCGGUCUGACCCUCCAAGACUCUGUGAAGUCCCGCAAAGGUACUUUAAACUUUACUUGAAUACUGAUGCAGCUGGCAAGCAGGUCAGGCUAUUAUUAUUUUUUAAUGGCUUCCCACCCUUUACCCCAUGAUCUUUUUUUUUGCCUUGAAGGGAUUUUUAACAGUGAGGUUACCUCCUGCUGUAAAGGGACAGGAUCACUCUUGGAAAUAAUCUUCCUAUAUCUGUUAGGAGCUGGCUUUUGUCAAAGAAGCACGGAAUGCUGACACACACUACUGGAAAUCCCACCUUUUCUGAUCUGCUUUGAUUACUUGUAUGACAACAGAAAAAAAAACAUAGGGCAAAUGUGGAUUUUUUUUUUUAUAUUUUUAUUUUUUAAUUUUAGUUCAGAGGGAAGGGUCAGAUUUUGAUCAAAAAGUAUAUUUUUGUAAAUGCAAGAAGUGCUGGAGUUCCUCCUGCUUUCAUCUUGGAAGACCUGUGUUAGUUAUUUACAGCAAUAUAACAAGUGUCAAAAUCUGUCCUGUAUACCCCUUUCUCCCCCCACUUUUUUUUUUUAAAUAAACUUGCAGGAAAUUGUAUUGUACAUCACUGUUAAAAACCCCAAUAGUAUUUAGGAGUAAUUGCUCACAAUACAGAAGGACUGGACUCCGCACAUUAUAGUAUGGUGAGCCAUUGCUUUAGAAUACUGCCCUGUUAGGUUGCUUUUUUUUUUUUUUUUCACCAGGGUUGUCUUUAUUAUUACUUUUUCUUUCCAAAAUAUCUAUUUUUAUGCGUUUGUGACUCCCAUUACUCCUUUAAAGAAUAUUCAUAGAAAAAUAUGCAUUUAAAUAUACAUAGAAAUAUAUAUAUAUUAAAAAGCGGGUUGAAUCCAAUUAACAUAAUGCUGUCAGCUUAAAAUGUUUAUUUUUAUGCAAAACCUGUGGAUUAUUGUUUUUUAAAAAAAGACAAGAUUCUAAGUACUAGAGCUGUGAUUUUUUUGUCUUGCAAGUAAUUGUUCUAGAACAUUUAGAAAGCUGUGCUGAUACCUAAUUUAUUGUUUUUUUUUUUUUUUUUUUUGCUGUUGUUGAUGUUGUCUUCUGCUGUGUUUAAACCAGAUGACUGUCCCAACAGAAAUCCUUGUAAGGCCUUUUCAUUUAACUGAGCUUGCAAAGCAACUAUCCAGUACUGUAUUAUCCCUGCAGAAGUGGUAACGCUCUGCAAAAAAGGGAUGUUGUUUUCAGGUCACAUGGUUGAUGCUCAAAUAUUGCUAGUGGGGUCGAUGUUGCAUCUUUCUCCAUUUGCUUCCCCCUAACCCCAAAAUCCCAGCCCCCAAGAGCCCUCGCUUAGAGCAGGUAGCUUGGGUUACCUAGAUUUUGCAUGGCUCGCAAAUUGGUGCACGUCACAUCACAGAUUCUAAAAACGCAGGAUCGGGCCCGCACUGUGUAAAUUGCCUUAUGUGAGAGUAGGAUGGCAUGGCAGCAAGCUUGUAGAUGGUAGUGUUCUUUGGAGCCAGGACGUCUCUUAUCUCCUGGAUUAUGUUCAGCCCAUAACAGGCACAACUCCUCUGAUUUUCAGUAUUUUUCAUCUACUAAAUACCUCGAUUCUGGUUGGUAUUACCUGGUGAAAUAAAAUUCCCAUUUUCUUUGGUUUAGGACUGAUUCAAAUAGAAAGAGGGGCAGUAAACUCCCAAGUAGGCUGUGCCCACUGUUUUUUCAGUUUGCAGGCUGAACUGAAAAACCUGGGGGAAAAAAAGUUGUAAGGGUAACCUGAAGUUGUAAGGGUGACCUUGAGACAAUUUUUUUUUUCAUUUUGUCAGUGAAAUGAAAAAGGGAAAAAUCAAAACAUAAAACAAUACUUUCAAACAAAACUGAAGCAUUUCAUUUUUAGGGUUGCUUUUUCACUUUUUUAAAACCAUUAUGACUUGGGCUAUAAAAAGUUGCUUUGAAGCGCAAAUGUGAAACCUGUUCUGCAAAUGCUGAAAGAAAAUGUUUUAUCGUUAAUAGUCUUUUUAGCUUUGCCUUUUUUUCUUAGUCCGAUGAAUAGUUUCAGUUAACCCCAAACUGCAUUUUUUUGGUGAAUCCAUUAUCCAUUGAAGAGAACCCAAAGAAGCACGUUGCCCGGUUUUGCUCCACUGACAGGUACACUGGACGCAUUUCAAGGAUUACCUGGUAUCUAAAACCAGCAAAGCUGCUGUUUCCCCAUAUUCUACUGGAUUGUUUUACUGGGUGAACAAUAAAAGCAUCUCUCAGCCCUUGCUAUUGACUGGUUUUUAGCCUGACUUAGACAUUCGUUAUCAAUCUCAGUUUGGUCAUGGAUUUAUGGCUGUAGGUAUGACACUUCUCCUAUUUGAGCCUAAUCCCAUUGUGCAGCAGGAAUUAUCAUUUGCCCAAGUGAUGAGAGAAAUAAGGCAUUGUUCUUUCUCCCUUUUUAUCUCUGUCUUAGUAAUGUCAGUAAUAUAUCUUCACUAGGUGCAGUCAGGGAAAGAGGUCCCAGGGUGAAGAUGAAUGCGUAGUUCCAGACUCCCUCAUGCUCUGCCUUGCUUUCCAUGGGCAGUCCUCAGCUGUCUGCUUUUACCACCUCUGCACUUCUUGGCUGUGGAGGUCAUGGAGCAAAAGGGAUCGUGCAGGCUUCAUUCCAGGUGCUCAGAGUUAGUCCAGCUUUGUGGUCUGUUUGCCACACUUCGUGGAACCACUGGCUCCGUGUUCCCUGGUCGCAGUAGCAGGACCCUGUCCUGUUGGGCUAUCCAAAGACCAUACCCAAGGCAAACAGCACCAAGUCAGAGGGGUCUUUUACAGCCUGGAGCAGGUUGUAAGAGCUUCACAUUCUGCCUGGAAUCGGGGUGUCAGCGCAGUUUAGUUUUGCAUCAGCCUUUUGAAAAGAAAAGGCCCAAGGCAUUUAUCUUCUGCUCCGUUAGCAUGGCUGUUGGCCCCACUCAGAGUCUGACCUUGAGGUGCAGUUUCCAGAGGUACUACAAAAUAGGUGAGAGCAAAAAUCCCACAAAUAGUGGGGUGCCUAAGGUCCUCUUGACUUCAGGAGUCUCUGUGUCUUUCAGACAGCUUCCCAACCUCUUCCGUGCUCUUUGAGGUUGACGUUAACGUAGGGCACCCUCCACCAGACUGAAGCUUGAAGCUAGAAGAUGCACAAACUUGUGUCCAUCAGCAAAUCCUGCAUAGUGCAGCUUGAUAAUGCUGAUAGCAGGAAAACAAGCAAAAGCUUUUCUUCUCUGGGCUGCCAAAGGAAGCUGUUUCAUGCCACAUAGGUACCAUCACAGCUGGUGCUGGUGCAGGCACCUCUCUGCUUGCAUGCUCUUAGACAUUUCUGAGUAGCAGACUCCUGACAGAGAAGGGUGCUGGGCUGUGCCACCAGCCUUUGUAAGCUGGCACAGGUGCUGGCACAUGAAGGCUGAGAAUUAGAAGGCCAUUUCAGAAACUGUAUGUAUGAAACUAAGUGGAGAAACUACAGCUGUUAAGGCUGAUCUGUAUGAGUUUGUAUUUUGAUGUGUCUUCUGGCUAUAAUUCCUUCACUUGUUUUUUACAGUGCAUUCUGCUGUUCCUGUCUCUAGUCUGCAUUUCACCUAGAUGGUCCGUACAUGAAACUUGCCAGAUGCAGUUCUGGGCUUAUUGCUUCUCUUUAACCGAAUCAAAUUGCAACGACUUUGGCAAUGUGCUGGCAAUCUCUUUUCCUUCUGUUAAUUCAGUGUCUGGGUUUAACCACCAUGAUGUGAGAAAUGUUUGGAUUUUGGGUGUUGUUUUUUUUUUUUCUUUUUUAAUUAUUUUAAUUCUUGUUUUGUUUAAACAACGCUGAACAAUUCCCAUUGUAUUCAGAGCUGUGAUGCCCAGUUCCAGUGACAAGUACUAGAUGGAUUUGUCCCAUUUUGUUUCUUGGCAAUGUUCAGAAAUACAAUUUGUGUCAUCCUAA